AUGGACACGUCCCCGGAUGGCGCGCCGCGACGCGCGUCGAAACCGGCGGAGCCGCGUCGGAGCGUCGCGGAGACGCGCGCCGCCGCCGCCGCCGCCGCGGGGAACGUCCCCGUGGUCUUCGAGUACAACCCGGGGCCGCCGCCGCCGCAGCCCGGGGUGCAGCAGCGCGACGACGAGGUGAGGGAGUGGCUCAAGUCGCUGCGGUUGGGCGUGACGCCGCGCGAGGAGGCGGCGGAGCUGCUCGCGAACCCGCUGCGAAACGGCGUGCUCCUCUCGGACGUGAUGACCGUCCUCGUCGGCGCGCCGCCGUUGGGGCGGCGCGAGCGUCGCCCGCGGACGCUCACCGCGGCGCGCGCGAAUGUAGAGCGCGCGCUCGUGCCGCUGCGGACGAUGCCGGACGCGAUCCCGCCGUCGUUGACGUGGUCGACGGAGGGGACGUUGAAGGGGAUGCGCGAGAAUAUUUUCGGAUUGCUUUGGCACGUCAAGCACGCGGUCCCGGAGCAGGCGUCGUUCGCGCGCGCGCCGACGACGAAGCUGAAGGCGUCGCGUCGGUCGGCGCCGAGCUCGCGCGGCGCGUCCGCGCCGGCGUCGCCGCGGACGUCGACGGGUAACGCGCACGGCGCGACGGUCAUCACCCCCGGGACGACGAUCGACCCCGCGGCGGUUUUGGAGGGGUUCGUCGAUGACGCCGUCGUGACCGGCCCGGCGUCGCCGAUCGGCCCGUCCGCGCGCCCCGGCACCGGCAGUGACUGGCCCGCGGCGGAACCGGACCUCGCGAAGACGUCCACGCGCGUCUACCAGUACGUCCCGAUCCCCGCGAAGGCGGCGAAGAAGCGGACGAAGAGGCCCUCCGAGCCCCCGACGGCGUUCAACGCGGUGGACCCUCGCGCGGGUCGCGCGGUGAGCGGAUACGAAGCCCUGCCGUACUCCGACCCGGACGUCAAGCGCCUCGAGAGCUCCAUCACGCGGUGGCUGCACGCGAUGGGGUUGCUCCCCGACGGCGCGCUGCGCGCGUCGUUCGCGGCGCUGUGCCCCGAGAUCGCGAAGGGCGUGCUCCUGUGCGACUUGGUGGAAGCCGUGGAGGGCGUUCCCGUCGUCGGCGUCACGAGGAACCCGAAGACGCCCGCGGUGGCGGAGGCGAACGUCCGACGCGCGUGCGAGAGGCUCGCGAGGCAUCGCAUGAUGUGCCGUCGCUUCUUGUUCAACCACGCGGACGUCGCCGCGGGGAUACCCGGGAUCACGUUGGGCCUGCUCGAGGACGUCCGAGCGUUUUACGACGGCCUCCCGCCGCGGACGGCGACGCCGACGUGCGAGCACUGGACGGAGAUGACCCCGUACGCGCCGUCGGAGCCGCGGGCGGCGCCGUCUGGGGAGGCGCCGGAGAUGCAAUUCGGCGGGCACGGGGUCGGCGCGGGGGCGACGGCGUCGCCGCCGCCGUCGCCUGGACGCGUGCUGCGACGCAUGGCGGAGGCGGAGCGAAGCGGCGCGCGCGAAGAAGAACGGUGGAACCCCGCGGACCCCGGGGACCCCGGGGACGUCGACGACGACGGCGACGAGAUCGCGUCCACGGGGUCCGUCGACUUCGCGUCGCGCGCGGCGAUGUCCCCGCCGAACGGCGCGACGACGACGUCGUCGUCGGACGUGUUCGGGUGGAAGGCGAGGAGGGAGAACGAGGACGACGACGGCGCGGACGUCGGGUCGGCGACGCGCGAUGCGUCCGCGGCGCAGGACGAGGCGCUGAGGAACCUGUUCGGCGACGCCGAGGACGAGGUGGACGAGGGCGAGACGCCGCCCGCGCGGCCGACGCGGAUGAACGCGGCGAUCGACACCGCGGCGAGGAAGGCGGCGGAGGCGGCGACGCGUCUGGACGCCGGCGAUGAGGAGGAGGUGGACGACGACGACGAGCUCGACGCGCCGCGGUAUUCGCCGUCGAUCCCGACGCGCCCGACGCGGAUCGGCGCCGUCGGCAGGGAGGACGUGUGGCAGUCCGAGAGCUUCCCGAGGCGGCGCGCGAGCGCCGCGGAGGUGGAUCGGAACAGGGAAGCCGUCAGCGCGAGGAAAGCAGCCGCGGAGGCGGAGGCGGUGCGAAAGUCGUACACGGAGGCGGCGGCGGCGGAGCGCGAAGCCGCCGCCGCCGCCGCCGCCGCGGCGGCGGCGGAGGCGGAGGCUGCGCGCGGCGCGGACGCGAUGAAACCCCCGGUGAGUCGCGCGAGCAGGAAGAAACCCGGACCCGGCGACGGCGCGUCGACGCGCCCGGCGACGCCCGCGAGCGUCUCCUCUGGAGGGUUCGUCGCGACCUCCGCGACGGCGGCGCGCGCCGCGUUCCGCGCGCGAUCCGCGUCCCCCGCGCGGCGGCGCGAGGACGAGACGCACGGCCGCCCGCCGUUCAGCGUCGCCGCGAGCGCGGACUGGGGACCGUUCUCGAGCGCCGCGAAGAGACGGCUCGCGUCGUCCGCGAGCUCGAGCGGGAGUCGCGCGGGCGGCGCGGGAG